ACGCAGUAUCUUGAAAGGGCAGCUGCGUAAGCGGCCGUUGGUCCCGGAGGUCUGGGAGAGAAGCGGGGCGUGUGUGGGGAGAAGGGUAUGCGAGAGGGUAGUUCUGUGGGGACGGAUCAGGCUGAGAACGUUCCCCAAUAAGCCGCCCGCGAUAUCUCCUGGUUUUUAAUAGCCCCGCCCUCUUAAAUCGUAGGUCUAAUUAUUUUUAAGCCCCUGGUUGACCCUUAUACGAAAUUGAUAUUAAGAUUAUUUUUGUCCUGCCUCUUGGGACAGUGAAUUUUUCGAAGCAGGUGGAUUCAGAUUUUUUUUUCCUUUUUCUUUUGGAGUCAAUUUUUUUUUUUUUUAAGACUCGAGAGUGAAAGCUCUUGCAGGUUACCUGCUUGGGAUUAUAUCAUUAGGUUCACAAAGGCGAGAGUCAAUAAUUUAUAGGAGAAGAAGCAGCCCUUCUCUGUAGGAAAUCAUUAUAACCGCGCUUUGCACGUUGAGAUCUCCAAAUUGUGUAACAGAGUUGAGAUAGCAAGGAUCAAGACUACUAUGGAAGAUUUUGAUGGGGACUUCAGUCACAGAAAAACCAUUAUGUCUGAAUUAUGUUGCAAUCAGAUUGCUGCAAACAUCCUGGUACAGGAUCUCAGAACCUUGGUGGCUUUUACUGACCCAGAGGAUGGAAUACUGGUUCAUACUCCAGAUGGAGGUGUUAAACAUCCUCUGAGAAACAGCUGAAAAACGUAUUUGGUUGCAGAAAUACCCAAAUCAAGUGAUCAUCAAGAAUGGGAGACGAAGGUGCAGGUGAACCCUUUGUGGGUAUUGUGACUGAUGGGGACACAGAUUACGAAGGCAUCCUUCCCUCAGAUACAAUUUCCCUGAGUGAUUCAGAUUCAGAAGAUUUUGAGUUUGCAGGCAGUGCUGAAGUUGAUGUUGUGUCCCCUGAGGAGCCGCUUCCUUCAGAUGACGUGGAUUGUGAAUCAAAUAAGAGUGGGGACUCUUUGCACAACAGCAAAAAAUCAGUUGUUCAGCCCUUUCAUUUGAAAGGCAUGAGCUCAAGCUUUUCACAGCGCAGCCAGAACAUUUUUGAUUGUCUGGAAGGAGCAGCCAAGCAGGCAGUGCCCUUGACGGGUGAAGACAAUGUCAUUGAUAAAAGGUUUAAAAUCCCUCUGCCACCACUCAGCCUUUCAAACAAGAUGACUGCGGAAAGCUUUGGAAAACAACGUGAGCCAAUUCAGUCUUAUAAAAGUUCCCCGCCAGUACCUGAUUAUGUGGCCCAUCCAGAACGCUGGACCAAGUACAGUUUGGAGAAUGUUGCAGAAUGUAGUGAUGAUACCAACAGAUCAAUUGCUAUGGAGUUCUUGAGUGGCUUGAACAAGGGUAGAAAGGAACAAAGCUCAACACGUCCUGAAAAUUAUAUACCAUCUUUCAACCAGGAUGCUUCUAGCUCUGGUGCAGGAAGAAUUAUCUUUAAUAAACCAGUAAAGGCAGGCUUAGACAGAUCAGACAAAAAAAGGGGAGCUUCAACAGAGGAAAAGUUGGAGGCCAACAUUAUUAAUGCAAACCAAGAGGCCAGUGGAAGGCCUCUGGGUAACUUGGAUGCCCAGAACAAAGGUGAUGUAGUUGUACUAGGUCCCUCAGAAAGCAAGGAGAAAAAAAAGGAAGAUUGGGAGCCACUGAAAUUGGAAGAACGAGGUGCUCGAAGAGCCAACACAGGUUCUCCAGAGGUGCCUGAAGAGAAUGUGACAACAACCAUUGGGUUUCACGGUAGCAAGAAAAGAAGUAGGAAACAUUUCCGACCCAAAGCUAACCAUGAUGAAGAAGAAGAAUCCUAAAAGCCAGAAACAUAUUUGUCUUUUUCCAGUGAUAGCUUACUCAGAAUAUUAUCUUCAUCAUUUGCAUGAAUUUGGGCAAUUGUUUCCUUAACAUGCUUGUUGCUGUGACUAAGAAUACUUGUAACUUUGCCCUUUCGAACAAAAUCCCGCUGUGUUUUGCAAUAAAUAUAGAACAUUUUGCCUUGACAUAGUCCAACAAUAUAUGUGGAGUUUCUGUUUAUGAAGGGAGGCUCAGCUAUUCAUACCAAAACUUUUUGACAGUAUACUGUAUUAAUAUCUCAACCAAUUCAUAACUGACAAAACAUAUCUUGUGGAUGAGGUACAAGAUUUAUCAGUUUAUUGUAGCUGAGGCAAAGGUUUAACCAAUAUUAUUCCACAGUAUGAAUAAAAAUAAAAGCAUGAAAUAUGACAACUCGUACGUUGUUCGGCUAGAGACAAGAAAAUGUAAACAUACAGUAUGUUAAGAUCAUAGAAAAAGUGUUAAGGAAUUUGAAGAGAUGCUUUCUAAAAUUAAAAUACAGCCAACCAAGCCAUACUUAGACUUGAUUGGUUCAGACUGUUGAAUUGCUACAACUUCCUUGAAAACUGAAAUAUUUUUUUCCCCUCCAUACUUGGAAGCUUCUUCUAAAGUACAUGGAUUUGUGUCGACCAAACUGUUUAUGAAAGAAUAAAGGAGCUUAAAAUAAUAUUUCUAGCAGAAUAUCCAUUUGAUAUUUUUGGUGUUAAUAAAACUUGGGAACAACUGCUUAAUUAGGUUGAAAAUUCUGUACCUGCAUGUUAGCAGCUAGCCAUUCGUGUCAAAAACUAGUUUUCUCUCUACUCUUAUGGUACCCAUCUUUACCCAUUAUCCCUUUUCUACUUAUCACACUUUCUGCCUUCACAUUUAAGGAAGCAAGAUGCCGUCUCGUUCAGCUAAAGUUCUCUUGUACAGCUACCCCAGCAUUACUCUCACCUUGGCAUGUUUGGUCAUGAAUAAAUGCAUUGGUUGGAAAAAAAA